AUGGGUGAAAUUCAAUAUGAUUUUCUACCUAAAUAUUGCAAAGAGUGUAGGUUACCAGGGCAUGAUGAGAUUGAUUGUUGGAGGUUACAUCCAGAGUUAAUGGCUCAUGACAAGGAAAAUCAGGAUCCAUUAAUGAUCCUUACAAGUAGAAGAGUAGUUGGUAAUGUAGGCGAGCAGUGGAAGGAGGUGAGAGACAAUCGUAUCAAGAACACUGGAAAGCAGGAUGAUUUGCAAAAUAAAACUGGGAAAGAAAUUGUCCCAAUUGAUGAUGGGGCCCAGAAGGUUCAAACAACAAAUAAAUUUGCAGCUUUAGAGGUAGAAGAAGGGGAGAAGGAAAGGAAUAAUCAGUUGUCUUUGGUGGAGAUAACUGCUACUCAAAGAAGCCCUAGAACAAAACCUAGUGAUACUGGGGGAUUGAAUCCAGCGGCUGUUGUCUUCACCCUCACUCCAACUGGGAAUGACAAGCUGGAAAAAGGAAAAAAUGCAAGUCCUAAGAAGAAUGUGAAUGGAUCUACUGAAAGAAUACAAAAGGAAUCAACUACUCAAUGGGUGAAUAAGACCUUAGUACCUACGAAAGAAGUUCAAAGUAAUAAAGACAAUUCUAAUAAUGUUAACAAGGAUCAAAAUGGAGCAUAUUUGCCUCAGCUAGCCAAAAUUAAACAGUCCUACCAAGUGGUUUCUUCACAGACUGUGGAAGAAGAAUCUGAGGAAGAAGGUGAAUUUCAUUCUGAAGAUGAGCAAAUAGAUGUAGAAGAUGAUAUCCAAUCAUGUGGGGAAGAUUUAGAAGAUUUGGUGCAAUUUGUUGAUGAAGAUAAUCCUGCUGAGGUAAGUGUACAUACAGAUGAACAACCUGUAGCUGAUAUGGAUGGCGCAUUAGUGGAAUCAUCUGGUAAGAGAGAUGCUAAGCUAAGUCCUAAAUCUCCAGAUAAUCCUAAAAGCUCAAAUUUACCAGAACAAACUCAAGUACAUAACCCUAACCCUAAACAACCAGAUGUAACCCUACCCACAAUAAACCCUAGACCUCAUUUAAUGCCUAAGGACACUAACAUAGCUGCAAAUAAGGUAACAGAUGCAAUCCCAGAUCCUACGGAUCAAAAAGGAACUAAGGAAGUAGUCCCUAAACCUUGGAAGAACGAUCUAACAAAGCAGCAACAAGGGAGUAUAGAAGAAGAGAAUGAAGCAAGAGGUGGAAAGGACAUGGACGAGGUAUCAACUGUUCAUCAACUGUCCAGAAUUUCAUGA